AUAAAAAUAAAUUAUGUCGUCGUUCAAGUUUUUUUUUCGUCAUAAAUAAGCAAUUUGAAGUCUGAGAAGGAAAAAUUGCUUAUUUUGGGUGUUUUUGCUGUUUAACCGGUUUUGUUAAACUUUGAGCGGUUGUCUACCAAGAGAUGGCUGGAAAGGGUGCAAAGAAGCGUAAUAGUAAAGAUUCGACUGGUAGUAAAGAGAAGAAAAAAGGUGGUGGAAAAAAGAAAAAUGGUCGUUCUGCUGGUGGUUCGUCAGCAAAAUCGUCAAAAAUUCAAGGUGACAUCUUUAGCGAAGGUGCUAUGGAAAAUGCAUACCUAAUUUGUCAUAAUGUACAGGAUGUGUUGAAAGUUCGUGGCUUUCCCUGGCCAGAAGCUAAGAAAAAGAAAGGAAAACGAAAGUGAAUCGACAUCGAACGCUAUCGUCGCACCAUUUAAAAAUAAAACAAACAACAUUUGAUUAUAAAGCAAGAAAAUUUUUUUUAAUGUGAAUCGUAGACAAAACGAGAAAUAAACACACGAAUUAAGUUCGAGCGAAUCAGAAUAACAAAAGAAAAAAAAACAUCUUCGGCUAUUUUGAUUGAAUUUUUACUUUCUUUUCGUUUUUUUUUAAAUAUUGCCGACUUUCGGGCGUAUUUUGAUUUCUAGCAAUUUCUGUGAUGAUGCUAUUCACAAUUUAUUUUUAGAUGAAACAUUGACUCAGAAUAUUCCAUACUCCAUACAGAACGAUCUAUCUGUUGAAUUUAAAGGCUUUGCUAAAUGACAUUUUUCUGUUAGUUUUAUUACGGAUUUGCCGGCGAAAAGAGCGAACAGCAGUGCGACGUAAACUGCAACUACGCGAAUAAAACAAAUCAUAAUACUGUGGUAAAUUGUUAUUCUUUAUUUAAAAAAAAA